UUGAGAUGUCAACCGAACAGGUCGGUGACGGUAACGGUCAAGUGGAAUUAUCGGCUGUGUCUGUCCGGCGGUUUCACAGUUUAGCUUCGUCGACGAAGCACCAAGCAGCCACUCAUACACAGUCAUACUGCCUACUGACCAAACUCGGAGAUGGCGACGCAGCCGAUCACCAUCUCUUCGAUUGUUAUAUUCCUGCUCUUCCUCUCCUCAUCAGAAUCGUUGCCCUUCCGAUCCUCCGCCAAAUCGGUCCCUCGCUUCCCCAGAAACUUCUGGCGCUCAUUCAACAAAGGUCCGUUGACUAGUACGCAGAAUCAAUACCAAUACGAGACUCGGUACUUCGAGCAGCGACUCGAUCACUUCAGCUUCGCCGAUCUCCCGACGUUCUCCCAGCGCUACCUCAUCAACACCGAUCACUGGUCAGGCCCAACUCGCAUGGGUCCGAUCUUUUUCUACUGUGGAAACGAGGGUAACAUCGAGUGGUUCGCCGAAAACACCGGUUUCGUCUGGGAACUGGCCCCCCGCUUUGGCGCCAUGGUCAUCUUCCCUGAGCAUCGGUACUAUGGUGGGUCAAUGCCCUAUGGAAGUGGAGAGGAGGCAUAUAGGAAUGCUACUACUUUAUCGCAUUUGACAGCCGAGCAAGCGAUUGCUGAUUUUGCCGUGUUGCUUACUGACCUGAAGCGGAAUUUGUCCGCUCAGGCUUCCCCUGUAGUGUUAUUUGGUGGUUCAUAUGGUGGAAUGUUGGCAGCAUGGAUGAGACUCAAAUAUCCACAUGUGGCGAUCGGUGCACUUGCUUCUUCAGCACCAAUUUUACAAUUUGAAGAUAUUGUACCUCCGGAAACAUUUUAUGACAUUGUAUCAAAUAGUUUCAGACGUGAAAGUAAUAGCUGCUUCAACACUAUAAAAGAGUCUUGGAAUGUAAUUGUACUUGAGAGUCAGAAAAAUGAUGGCCUUCUGGAACUUACCAAGACUUUCCACUUUUGUCAGAAACUUGGAAGCGCAGAUGACCUUCUUGACUGGUUGGAUUCGGCUUAUAGUUAUUUGGCAAUGGUGAACUAUCCAUAUCCAGCAAACUUUAUGAUGCCUUUACCAGGAAACCCUAUAAAAGAGGUUUGCAGAAAGAUUGACAAUUGUCCUGAGGGAACUAGCAUUCUGGAGCGUAUAUUUGAAGGAGUAAAUGUGUAUUACAAUUACACUGGAGAAGUCGACUGCUUUCAGCUGGAUGAUGACCCACAUGGCUUGGAUGGUUGGAACUGGCAGGCUUGCACUGAGAUGGUUAUGCCAAUGUCUAGCAGUCAACAGACUAGCAUGUUUCCAACUUUUGACUAUAACUACACUUCUUAUGAAGAGGACUGCUGGAAGAUAUUCCGUGUCAAACCAAGGCCUAACUGGAUAACCAUAGAAUUUGGUGGACAUGAUUUUAAGACUGCCUUAAAAAAGUUUGGGAGCAACAUCAUUUUCUCAAAUGGCCUAUUGGAUCCUUGGAGUGGUGGCAGUGUUCUGGAGGAUGUAUCUGAAAGUAUCAUUGCUCUUGUCACAGAAAGAGCAUACUGUAUUUGAGGUGUUGUUCAUCCAACUAUCUUUAUAAAGGUGCUCAUCACCUGGAUUUGCGAGCAGCAACUGCGGAGGAUCCUGACUGGUUACUGGAGCAGAGGGCAUCUGAAAUCAAGCUGAUCGAGGACUGGCUAAGUGACGCCUACCGGAAAAAGAAGGAAUUUUCCGACCUAUAGAGCUUUUUUUUUUUUUAUAUAUUUUUUAAAUGUUUUGUACGAACAUGGCCUUCUGUGAAUGACAGAUUAAUUAAUUUCA